AUGAUAGAAAGUGGCAAGCAAUUUGAUCUGGUCUGCGUCGAUGAGAUUGUGCAACCCGAGUUGCAUAGAUGGUCGUCGCGGAGUCAGAUGGAUCAGGACAAGACUGGAAACGCCGAAAUGGUGGUCGUUUCUGAUAGCGAGAAAAUGACGGAUUACGAACGUAGGUCGAAGAUUAGGAAGAGGAUGCUUAUAUAUCUAAACGGCUGUGGCCUAUAUGGUACCUAUGUGCCAGUAUCACGUGGCUGGUCACUGCCCAACUUGCUUUGGCUGGCGUUCUCCAUUCUGUGCCUCUGCCUCUCCAUGCGGACCUCCCACCUUUUCCUUGCCUUGUCCAGGUCGUUCUUGCCUCCCGCGAUCCUCGCCACGCUGUACAUCUACUUCUAUCCAUUCUUCCACCAAUGCAGCUUUCCCGAAGCUCGACACGCCGAGGCAGCAUGCUACUUCGCCGACGCUGACCAUGCGAAGGCCGCAGUGCCCGGAGAACUUGCGCCAUUUCGACUGUUGGUCUUUGGAGAUCCUCAACUUGAAGGCGAUACGAGUCUGCCCGAGCAUGGACAUGCCGAGCUGUUUCCCAGUCUGAGGAGACUGUGGAGCAGGGUCGAAAGAGAUGCACUCGCUUCGCUCACAACCAGUCUGGGUGACGAGGCCAAGAGGCUGUGGAACGACGAUAUCCCGGGGGCCUUCAGGACCUACCACAAAAGGCUGGACCUGUGGGGCAACGACCUGUAUCUGGCACAUGUCUACCGCACCAUUCACUGGUAUACCAAGCCCACACAUGUCGCUGUACUGGGAGACUUGCUUGGCAGUCAAUGGAUCAGCGACGAAGAAUUCAUGCGCAGAUCGUACAGGUUCUGGCAUGUGGUGUUUCGAGGCGCGAAAAAAGUGCCCCAGCUCAUAACGGAUGCAAGCACCAGCAGGCCUGACAUUUUGGGCGCUGAUCCGAGGUGGAAAGAUAUGGUUAUCACAGUUCCAGGGAACCAUGAUAUCGGAUAUGCUGGCGACAUCGAUGAGCAUCGCAUUGCGAGAUUUGAGCAUAUGUACAAUCGCGUCAACUGGGAUAUUCGAUUUGCCCUCAACAACACCACUACCAUUGAUCCUGCUACAUUGCAGCCGACCACCCCGGAACUGCGACUGAUCGUGUUGAACUCCAUGAAUCUGGAUGGUCCAGUGGCAGCUUGGGAUCCGCAUCAAGAAAGUAUCGACUUCUUGAACCACAAGCUCUACCACGACCUGCCAUCGCCAGACUCUGCUACCAUUCUGCUGACACAUAUUCCACUCCACAAAGAGGCCGGCACCUGCCGUGAUGCACCGUUUGUGGAUUACCUUCCUGAGCACCACGGCGGCGGCAUCAAGGAGCAAAAUCACCUCAGCGAGGACGUUUCGCAGCGCAUUCUGGACGGGAUCAUCGGACUGGAGCGAUCACGAAAGGGUAUCAUACUCAACGGCCACGAUCACGCUGGAUGCGAUGUCUACCACUCCAAGAAGAAAGAACUUGACCUCGAAGCUUUGCAAAGCGAGGACGCUUCUUCCUACCAGGACAGAUGGGACGCCAAAACAUAUGCGCGAGCUCAGCAACAGGUCCUGGACAGUACGCUGACCGGCAUACGCGAGGUCACAGUCCGGAGCAUGAUGGGCGAUUUUGGCGGCAACGCUGGCCUGCUGAGUGCUUGGUGGGACAAGGAGACAAAAGAAUGGAAAUUCGAUUACGACUCUUGCAUGUUUGGUGUUCAGCAUAUCUGGUGGGCUGUCCAUAUUCUAGAUCUGGUUGUGCUUGGAUUUGGCAUCGCAGGCGUCUUGCUCAAGGGCAUUGAAGGGCUCAACAGUACCCAGGCAACGACAGAACUGAAGAAGAAGCAGUUCUUGGAAAUGUAUCAAACUGUUCAUGUGCACACCGUUGUCGUUCCGUUCAUCUUACAAUCGAAAAGUCAUACACUCGUCCUAGCUAUACAUCGAUAA